AUGAGCGGCUCUAUAGCACGGCGCGUGCUGGUGGUGGGGGUGGGGGUGCUGGUCCUGGCGGCAGCCUUGCACAUCGCGGCCGCCCUGCGCCUGGCAACCGCCCUGCAGCCUGCCGGCGGGGCCGGCGUGGCCACCAGCUCUUCACGCAUGUCGCCAGCACCCAUGCUGAGGCACCGCCGGCCGCCGAAGAAGCGGCGGCAGGCGCGGCUGGAGGCGCCCGAGCAGCAGGGCGCGGCCGCCGUUGGGAAGGGGCAGGCACAGCCAGUCGUGCAACCCCUAGCGCCGCUCGCAGCCGGGGGGCCCGUGCGCUUCUUCAUCGACGAGGGAUACUUCCUAGAGGGAGAGACCGAGAUCCUGCGCGCCCACAUCGCCGCGUCUGGCGGCCGCCUGACGAUCUCUGGCGAGUCGACGGGCGCCUUCCUGUCGGUCAAGGGUUACUACGCCCCCGACAAGUGGGACGUGUACAUUACGAUGCGCUCGGCGUGCCUUAUGGCUUUUCAGCACAUGCGCCCGGGCCAGCGCGCCAACUGCAUCCCAGGCGUGCGCGCCAUCACGUUCAAGAAGGAGUUUGUGCAGUCGUGGCAGGAGGCUUACGGUGAGCUGGCGUUUGACUACAUUCCGCAGUCUUACCAGCUGCCAGAGCAGUACUGGGUUUGGCGCAGCCACAUGCUGCAGGCCCGGUCGCCGGCCAGCACCAAGUGGGUGUUAAAGGCCAACAUCCACCGCGGCAAGGGCGUCAGCGUGGUGCCACAGCCCCAGGCCGUCGCGCAGGCGCUGGCGCCGGGGGAGGGGGGCGAGGACUAUCGCCAUAUCCUGGUGCAGCGAUACCUGCAACCCCAGAUGGUCGUCGAGGGCCGCAGCAGCUACAUCCGCGUGUGGCUGCUGGUCACCAGCGUCACCCCGUUGCGCGCUUACCUGUUCAAGGGCGGUUUCGCCGUCUUCGGCAAGCAGCGCGCCGUCUCCAACGCCACUGCGGCCCCCGCCCGCGCCCACGCUCUGGGCAGCGACCCGCAAACCCCGGACGCCGGCGGGGGCGGCAGCGGCAGCGGCAGCGGCGGCGGCGGCGGCGGCAACGGUACCGGGGACGAUUUGAUUGUGAAUCUGUGGAUGCAGGACCGGGGAAAGUCAGCGAUCUGGAGCCUCGCGAAGCUGGAGGCGCAUUUCAAAGCCAACCCUGAGGAGGUGGAGCCGCUGCCAGCAGGGGCGGCGGCCAAAGCGGCUGCGGGCAGGGGCCUGAUGAGGAGCAGCAGCGGCGGCGGCGGCGGCGGCAUCAAUGGGGCGAGGCGGGGCGCCGGGGGCAGCCGUCGCACGUUUGCGGACGCAUGGCAGGACAUACGGGCCUCCGCGGCGCUCGUCCUGGCCGCCGGCCUGCCGUCAAUGCGCGCCGCCGCCCUCAACGUCUCGGCGCCCCCGAACAGCGCGUUUGAGUACUUUGGGCUCGAUUUCGUGCUGGACCCCUCCCUGAGGCCGCGCAUGCUGGAGGUGAAUGCGGUGCCCUCCAUGGCGCGCCGCCAGCGCAGCGGCUGCGCGGGGCGAAAGGAGACGGUGGACUGCCUGCUCUCCACUCAAGGGGGCGGCAGCACCGGCGGCGGCGGCGGCAGCAACAGCACCAGCAGCAGCAGCAGCAGCAGCAGCAGCAGCAGUGGUGCAGGAGCGCCUGGCGGCGAGGGCGGCAGCGGCGGCGGCGGCGGUCUGGUGGAUGGGUUUGACGAGCAAAAGGAGGUUUUUGUUCGCGACAUGCUGAGGCUGCUGGGGCUGCCGGUGGACCCGCUGCGGCAGGCGGAGGGGCGGCAGCAGAAGAUGGGGGAGGCCGGCAAAGGGCAGCAGCAAGAGGGCUCCGGCAGCGGCGCCGCGGCGGCGCUGCGUGCGGCGGCGACUGCGUUUGGGUACGUCGCCCCAGGUAGCGCCGGCACUGGUGGCGGCAGCAGCAGUGACGAGGCAGCAGCAGCAGCACGGCGCGGCAGCGGAGGGGCAGCGACGGCCGCGGCACGGCGGCGGCUGCGACGGGCGAGGCGGACUGCGCUCGCUGCAAACCUUGGCGGCGCCGAUGCGACCGGGGAGCACUCCAACGCCGCCGUCCGGGCGCUGCGUCCGCUUAUGUGCAGCGACGGCGCCGACGGCGGCGACGACGCGGACGCGCGUGGCGCGGCGCGCGACGCGUUCUCGUGCGUGCGCUGCCUGCUGCCCGCCGACCUGGUGGCGCUCGCGGAUGCAGAGGAGGAGCUGCAGAAUCUGGGCCGCUUCGAGCCGGCGCACGACCUGAUACUCGCCGGGGCGCUGAACGCGCGGGCGUCCGCCGGCGGCGGCGGCCGACCGGCCCGCAGCAGCUCGGCCCGGCGCCGUCUGGCAGGGGGCGCGGCGGCAGACGCGAUAGGGCAGCAGGCAAAGGCGCCGUUUCUUGUCGAUGAUGUCAGCGUAUGGAAGAAGCUGCACCGCACUUGGGAGACGCUGACUCAGCAGGGCGCGGGGCUUCGCGACAUGGCAGCAAUGCGUUUUUUCACGACUGACGCGCAACUGCCGCCGGCCAAGCCGCUGCCGCUGCGAAGGAUUGAUUACAUCUUGUCCGCAUGGCUGCGGUUGUGGCGGGAUGCAGCGCUGGGCGGUGGCGGCCUGCGCGCGGCUUGCGGCGGCUCCAGCGGCAGCGCAGCGGCGUCCACUGGCAGCGGCAAGCCAGGCGUGGAUCCCUGCCUGUUGGCGCGCCUCACCCGGCUAGUCUCACACUGUUACCUGUAA